GCACUGCAUUUUCUUGUGAACCUCCAUUAAGACAUAUAAGAGGAGUAAGAAAAAGAUCAUUUUUUGGUUGAUGGGUUCUCCCUUUUCUGCUUCUAAUGGCUGUUUUUUAAUGGUUUCUGCCUUCUCAGAGGAAACUUAAUGACUCGAAAGAGACUAGGCGACUGUGCAGAGCUUCAGUGCAGUAAUUGUCGUUGAGUGAGUAGUUGGUUUAUAUUAAAAAUCUUGAUCUGGAAGUGAAAAUCUUUGCAACAGUCUUCAAUUUCAAAGAUGGUUUAUAUUGUGCCCAAGGACCUUCAGGAAAUAGAGGUGGCAAAGGAGAAGAUUUCUGGUAGGGAUUUCUUGGGUGCCAGAAAGAUGUUAUUACAAGUAAAACGUGAUUUUCCUGCGGUUGAUAACAUCUCUGGCAUGAUAGCUGUUUGUGACAUCUUAUUUUCUGCUGCUCUCAAAUUCAUGGAUUUUGAUUUCUACUUUGUCCUUCAAAUCCCCCCUGAAGCCACUAGUUCUGAGAUAAAAUCUAAAUACAACAAGUUUACUGCUCUGUUAGAACCCAUUCUAAACAACUUUCCUGGUGCUGCAUCAGCCUUGAGAAUCAUCCAAGAUGCAUUUUCAGUGCUCUUACAUCAAGAGAAGCGCAAAUGUUUGAUAUUAAGAGAGCUAGAAAGCUGGAGUCCUGUGAAUCCAGGAUAUCCAAUGAAAACAAUGUUAUGGAUUCCCAGCUGGCAACAGAAAUUUUGAUUCAGAGACAUGAGAAUUCCCGAAGUUCUAAAAGGUGGAGAAUGGGUUUUUACAAGGCUGGGGAUGGCUAUGGAAACAUAUAUGAGAGCAAUUCAAUGGAGAUUGUGUCAAAGAUAAUUACGGAUGCAAAAGUCUCCACUUACCUUGGAGAAAGGCAGGUCCAUGAUUCUAAAUUACCUACUCAAUCUGUCAUUUUUGAAGGCUCAGUUGUUGGUGAACAGAAAAAGGAGAUCUAUGAUCAAGAAGAAAGCUGGACUGCUUGUGCUAUGAGUAGUAUUGGGACAAUGGCUGGGAAACCUCAUGACAAGUUUUCCCCCUCAAUGUUUCUCUCUGAUCCUAGCAAGAAGUCAUCCCGCCUUGAGAAUUGCAAUCAAGACUAUUACACCUUUGAUAAUACUAGAAACGCAGCACUAUAUUCUGUUGGUCAGGUUUGGGCUAUUUAUAAUGAAGAAGGCAUGCCUAGAAGAUAUGCACAGAUUAUUUGCAUAGAUGAAUUCCCAUUCAGAUUGCACGUCAGCUGGUUCAACCUGUUCCAGUUACAGCCCAUGAGAGAAAAUGGUAUGAAUUAAAGAUGCCUGUUGUAUGUGGGUCAUUCAAUUUGGAUAGGAACGAAAGAACAGUGGUUGAGCCAACAUUGCUCUCCCACUUGAUAUCUACGCAUGCAAGUGAACAAAUUGAAACUUACCCCCAGACUGGUGAGGUAUGGGCAAUAUACGGAGACUGGAGGCCAUUGGAGUGGCUCUCAAAUCCCAGAGCUAGGAAGGAAUGCUGACUGCAAAUAGUGGAAAUCAUUAAUGGCUAUUUCAAUUUGGCAGAUGUUGUGGUCAAACGCUUGGUUAAAAUCCAAGGACCUAAAAGUGUCUUCAGAAGAUGCACCAACAAUGACAGUGAUCAUUCUUUUGCAAUACCUGCAAAAAGCUUGUACAAGUUCUCCCACAGGAUUCCAGCUUAUAGAUUUGCGGAUCAAGAGAUGGAUAGAGUAUCAGAUGAGAUGUUUGAGCUUAACCACUCGGCUGCCCCCGGUGUCUUGGACUGGGACAUGACAAGAGGGAGUCGCUGUCAAUCCACCUUGACACUCAACCAUGCCACCCCUCUUCAUAAACCAUCAAAUGCAGAGGUGAUAUCACUAAAACAUGAGUGGUCAUUAAAAGAUUUCAUUCCAGAACAAAUAUGGGCUAUGUAUGAUGGGCGAGUUUUGAUGCCUCGAAGAUAUGUAUUGGUAAACAAUGUUAUUUCACGGAGCAAAGUUUGUGUGACUUUACUAGAACAGCAAAGAUAUAUCCUGGCUUCAAGACA